AAUCAUAUCCUGUGUGGCUUACAGCACCAAACUCAGGAAGUGCUGGUGUCUUUCAGGAUGAAGGAACAUGAGAAAUUCUGACGGGGUUGUAUGAGAAACCUGAGUUAAAAAUCUCCUGGGAGUUUCUUAGAGCUGGCACCAAGCUGGUCCACAGCCACAAUCUCGCCAUGUCAUCCCAACCCGUGACCAGGGAAGCCAUGGUGGUUCUCACUCCUGAUGGUAUCCGGUUGCCCCAAGCAGAGAAACCCAACCCCAUCAAUCAGAAUUGGGGCUACCUGAGGAAAUAUGUGAAGGCAGAAGUCAAAGUCCUUGGGACUAUCCAAAUCCUGUGUGGUAUCAUGGUGUUGAGUCUGGCCGUCAUCUUGAUGUCUUCUCCCUUCUCUCAGCAUUUUACCAACAGGUUCUCCAGCUUAUGGAAGGCGGCUUACCCCUUCGCUGGAGCCAUGUGUUUCAUCACCUCGGGAUGUCUAGCAAUCAUCACAGAGAAAAAAUCAACGAAGAUUUUGGUUCAGUGCAGCUUGGUUGCGAAUUUACUGAGCUCUCUAAUUGCUCUGGUGGGUUUUCUUCUCCUCUCAGUCAACCUGGCUUCUUUAGACUCUGCUCUUGAGAAUUGUGACUUGACUGAAAAGGAACAAACCCAUGAACAGAAUGAGACUUCGUACUAUCGUCGUUACUACCAUGACGAUUACUGUGGCAUGGCCAACGCCAUUCUAGAUGGAACUCUGUCGGUGUUGCUGAUUUGCACGACUGUGGAGCUCUGCCUGGCAGUGCUUUCUGCUGUGGUUUGGUGGAAGCAAGUUCAAUCUGACUUCCCUGGGAGUGUAUUUUUCCUGCCUCAGAGCUACAGGAAUGACUAUAUACCCUCGAAGGCAAAUUUCGACUCUCCGUAUGAAGAGCUUGUUACUUAGGGAAACUCUUCAUCAGGAAUUCUGUUUUUCUAUGAAAACCAACUUUAGAUAAUAAAGUUGUAUCUUCUAUAAA